CUAGAAACAAGAGAAUCAAUAUAAAAUUUUUGUUUCACAAUGACGUUAUUAUUUUAGAACAAAAAUUUCAUUUUAUAAUACAAAUAUUAAACUAAAAUUAACGGCAUCAACUUAAAAACGAAGUGUUUAAUGCUCAAAAGCCGUGAGUAAUGUACAACAAAAAGUCAAACGAUACGCUGGCAACAGUCGUAAUAUAACCUCUUUUUUUACUGUAAAAUUGGAGUAUUUCCAAAUUUAAAAGAAGUUAAAAUAAAAGUGGAUAUGCCGGAACAGAGUAACGACUACCGGGUUGUUGUGUUUGGUGCUGGCGGGGUGGGUAAGAGCUCGUUGGUGUUGAGGUUCGUUAAAGGGACGUUUCGUGAGAGCUAUAUACCCACAAUCGAAGACACAUAUCGACAAGUAAGGGGGCACUUUGUCAGCUUUUUGAUUGUCGAUUUUUUGUUUAGUUUACUCUUUCAGUUCACGAUGCUCUGUUUUUGUUACUUGAUGUAUUUUUAUUAUUUUGGCUUCAUGUUUUUGAUUUACGGUUAUAAGUUGCAACAAAAACAUCUGCACCCUUCAAAUAACCGACACUACCGGCUCGCACCAGUUCCCAGCCAUGCAGAGAUUAUCCAUCAGCAAAGGUCACGCCUUCAUUCUCGUCUUCUCGGUGUGUAGUCGCCAGUCUUUAGAAGAAUUGCGACCGAUUUUCGACGUCAUCAGAGAGCUCAAGGGUCCGGAUUUGAGUCAGAUUCCCAUCAUGCUGACGGGGAAUAAAUGCGACGAGAGUGCCGAAUUAAGAGAGGUGAGUACUUCGGAAGGGCAAGCUCAAGCGGCCGAAUGGGGAGUGAGUUUCAUGGAAACUUCGGCCAAGACCAAUCACAACGUGAAGCAACUGUUCCAGGAGCUUCUCAAUUUGGAAAAAUCCCGUAACGUAAGUCUUCAAGUGGGCGGCAAGGCGAAUAGCCGAGUAGCCAAAGAUAAGUGCGAAGUUAUGUAAAAAGAUAGAAAGAACCGCCCGACGUCAUGUUGGAAUGUACUAAGUAGAUGCUUUCCACACAUAAAUAUGCGCUGCUCGUUUUCGACCAAAAUCACGUAGUAUCUUAGUAUUUUUAAUUGAAUCACAGUUGCCAACAUGACAAAUACGCCCUCUGUACAAUUAUAGUUAAACUACGUAAUGAGAUCAAGUUGCGGAAUUAAAAAAAGCGUUUUUGGAUAAAUAAAUUAACUGAGACUCAUAUAAUAGUACCGAAUUUUUAGUCGUGUUACUUUGACAACUGACCAUGACGUUCUUUUUUAAGUAACCUCAAAAUAUUAAAUGUCUUUGAUAGAUAAAACAACGUGAACUUUUGUCGAAAACGAGACAAAUUUUAUGUCUUACCGAUGAUCUUCAUAUUUUAGUUUCUUGAGCAUUGUUUAAAACAAACAAAAAUGUGCACAUUGCUGAAUCUUUCUAUUCAAUGUCGAGAUUAACCCAAUGAAGUAGAGUGAAGUAGAAUGCCAAUUAUGUUUUGUAAAGUGUCAAUAUAGUCGAUUCGAACAUUUCCGACAACGUUUUUCUCUAUAAACAAAUUCAGUAUUUUUAUUUUAUAACAAAAUAUUUUUUAUAAAUUUCUCUUAACCUUAAAAACGAAGGCCUAUGGUUUUGAGGAUUAUUAUCGCAAAAUACUUCUUUGAAUUUACUUUAUGUUCAAAUUAACUAAAGGACUAGGACCACAAACCACAAGAUUGUUUAGAGUGAAAAACAAUAUGGUUGUUAAAAUUGCUCUCGAGUGAGAUGAACAAUUAAAAUGGCUGCUCCAUUGUAUAGAAUAAAACAGGAAGUAAAAUUAUUAGGUAGCAGCGCUUUUGUUUUAUGUUUUGUGCUUGUCAGCUGAUUUCUGGCUAACUCUCACGGUUCGGUAGCCAACUCUGGCCAUUUUUACAAGAGUUAGUGCACUUCUACCACGCCAGAGCCAGGAAAUGAUCGUGCUACAGGAGAAACAACAUAUGUAAAACUUCAAAAAAUAAG